UUGCAGAUGCACUCUUACGACGAUGACGACUUUUACUCAGAACACGAUGGCGACUACCCCCCGAGGGCCCGCCAAGACCUCCAUGUCACCGAAGAUGAUAUCCUCGAAGCCCAAGCGCUUUCAGAAAAGCUUUCGCUUGAGGAAGUGCGCGACAUUAUGACGCGUAUCUAUAAAACCCACGAACGAGACCCCAACUUCCCGAUUGUGGUGUUGACCAAGAUCAAGACAUUCCUAGAUAACGAGGAAUUGUUCAAGGAGAACGACAACAAUGAGAAACGGAACCCAGAUAACGAACUGCUUAUUCGUCAGAUGAAACUCGAAGCUGCUCUUCUGACAACGAAUAGUCCAUACGCCGAAGUCCGCGCCGUUGUCGAUAACAAGGAUGAUGUCAACGCGCCCUGUUCUACUAUCCGUAGUUGGGCCAUUGGUCUUAUCUUCUCCUUGGUGCUGGCGUUCGUUAACCAGCUAUUCGAUAUUCGCCAGCCUACGAUUCGAGUGAUGGCAAAUGUUGCGCAACUUCUUGCCUAUCCGCUGGGUAAAGCCUGUGAGAAUUGGCUUCCUGACAAGGGCUUCACCCUCUUCGGCGUUCGACACACUCUCAACCCGGGACCAUUCCAUAAGAAGGAGCACAUGCUGAUUACGAUCAUGGCCAAUGUUGCCUACAACACUCCGUAUACGAACUACAUCAUUUGGGUGCAAUAUUUGCCCCAGUAUUUCAACCAACCGUAUGCGUCCCAUCCUGGUUAUCAGAUCCUGAUCGCGCUCAGCACCAACUUCAUCGGAUACGGUAUGGCUGGUAUCUGCCGACGUUUCAUUGUCUACCCUUCGUAUUGUGUGUGGCCAGCGUCCCUCGUCACGAUUGCCUUGAACUCGGCCUUCCACAAUUCAGACAACACCCCAGUACAAGGACCACUGGGAAGCAUUUGGCGCAUCUCGCGUAUCAAGUUCUUCUACCUCAUGUUUGCCGCCAUGUUUGUCUGGUUCUGGUUCCCAGGCUAUAUCUGGACUGGUCUGUCCAAGUUCAGCUGGAUGAGCUGGAUUGCCCCAGAUAAUGUCAAUCUGAACGCAAUUGUUGGUUUCAACAAUGGUUUGGGUAUCAACCCCUUUCCCACAUUGGAUUGGAACACAUUGCUUUGGGAUUCUUCCGACCCUCUCAUGGUCCCAUUCUUCAGCACCAUCAAUCGUUUCCUCGGUGCCUUCAUCUCGAUGUGGGUUGUUGUGGGUAUUUGGUAUGGCAACGUGUUUAACACGGGCUACCUUCCAAUUAACUCAAACCGUGUAUACGACCACUUUGGCAAUCUCUACAACGUCACAUUGGCUACCAAUGCAAAAGGUCUUUUUGACGGCCAAAAGUACGAUGCUUACUCGCCUCCAUUCCUCAGUGCCGGCAAUGUCACUGUCUAUCUUUUCUUCUUCAGUGUAUACACCUCUACCCUGACUUAUGCCGUCUUGUACCACCGACAUGAACUGGUCACUGGUUUCAAGGGCCUUUUCAGUGGUUUCCGACGCAACAAGAAAACAAGCCAUGACGACCAGAUCCUCGACGUUCACCAUCGCCUGAUGAAAUCAUACAAGGAGGUUCCUGAGUGGUGGUACAUGGCCUGCCUAGUAAUCGCCAUUGCCUUUGGUGUUGCCGGCAUUGCGACCUGGGAGACGAACACCACUCCCGGUGUUGUCUUUUACGGUCUGGCACUGUGUCUUAUCUUCGUCAUCCCCGUUGGCAUUAUCAAGGCCAUGACUGGUAUCGAAGUCACGCUUAACGUUCUCGCUGAGUUUAUUGGAGGUUCCUUCGUUGAGGGAAAUGCCCUAGCCAUGAACUUCUUCAAAUCUUUUGGCUAUGUGACAUGUGCUCACGCAGUUUGGUUCUCCAAUGAUAUGAAGCUUGCGCACUACGUCAAGAUUCCCCCUCGCCAGACCUUCUUCGCCCAGAUGGUGGCUACCUUUGUUGGAACUCUUGUUUGCGUCGGUGUUCUCAACUUCCAGAUGAGGCACAUUGAUGGUGUCUGCACACCGGACGCUCAAUUCCGACUCACCUGCCCUGGAGUGAACACAUUCUUCACCGCAUCCGUUCUCUGGGGUACUGUUGGGCCAACCAAGAUUUGGGGCCGUAACGGACAGUACACCGAGACUCUGAUCGGGUUCCCCCUCGGUGUUGUCGUUGUUGUCUUCUUCUGGUUGCUUUCUAAGAAGUUUCCCAAGUCACCUUGGUUGAGGCAGAUUCACCCCGUGGCUAUGAUGUAUGGUGGAAUUGUCUGGGCACCUUAUAACAUGUCAUACAUCUGGCCCUCGGUUCCUAUUGCCUUUUUCUCGUGGAUCUACCUCAAGUCACGCUUUCUUGGUUUGUGGUCCAAGUACAACUUCGUGCUCUCGGCUGCAUGGUCUUGCGGCAUUGCCAUCUCCGGUAUUCUCAUCUUCUUCACCUUGCAAUGGACUAGCACUGAGUUCGAAUGGUGGGGCAACAACGUGCCGUAUGACGGCUGCGAAGGCACAGCUUGCCCUCUCAAGACGUUGCCAAAUGAUGAAUACUUUGGCCCCCGGAUAGGACAGUUCCACGGGUGA